AUGAGUGAAACUCUACAGCCGGAAGUUAUUGAGAACUCGGACGGUUCCAAGACUGUCAUUACCUACAGAACUGAGAAUGGACAGAAAUACAAAGUUACUCAGAAAGUGAAAGAGAUCAAGGUUACAGAGAAGGUUCACAAGUCUGUAGCUGCUAGAAGACAGUGGAAAAAAUAUGGUGAGGAGAAGAACGCUCCACCGGGGCCAAACCAUUCGACUACGCAACUUGGUGAAGAAGUUCAAUUGAGAUUGAGUAGAAACUGGAGACAAUUGGAGCAAGAGGAGACUCAAAAGGCAAAGAUUACCUCGGAUAGCGUUAUCAGUUGUAGAUUGUGUGGUAACGCGCAUUACACUAUGAACUGUCCUUUCAAGAGUAUAUUAAACGAUAUUGCAGCAUUAGAAGAUCCAGGCAGUGCCGCAGCGCCAGGUGCAGAAGCUACGGAAGAAGCUCCAGUUUCAUCCGCUGCUGCUGCUGCUGCUGAGGGUGGUUCCAGGUAUGUUCCUCCAUCUCGUCGUGCUGGUGCUAAGGAUCCUUCUUCAGAUGCAUACAGAGACUCUAGAGAGCGUGAUGAUAUGGCUACUUUGAAGAUAACGCAAUUGAAUGAGAAUGCUGAUGAAAACACUCUAAGAGAAGAAUUGUUGUUUCCAUUCGCUCCUAUUCCAAAAGUCGUUGUUGUCAGAAAUAGAGAAACCGGUAGAUCAAGAGGUCUUUCAUUUGUCACAUUUGCUAGCGAAGAGAUCGCUGAGCAAGCUCUACAUUUCCUAGACGGUAGAGGUUUCAUGAACUUGAUUUUACGUGUUGAAUGGUCUAAACCAAAAGUGCCCGAAACCAAUGCUUAA